AUGACAGUGACAGGUAAGGAGUCGUAUAAAGAGGUUGUGCAGAUAGCUUUGCGGGCUGAGAAACUUGCAAUUGAGAACAGGCGAAUUCGGGCUGAGUUUGCCAAAAUGAGGAAUUCGAAUAUAUCUUCUGGUCAACCCUCGAAGAAGCAUAAGGAUUUAUCUACUUCAAGGAGUACCAUCGCGUGUGGACAGCAAGGUCACAUAAGGAUGGCUUGUCCACAGUUAGUGCGAGCUACUAUAGCUGUUUCAUCUCCUUCUGUUCGUAUCGAUACACAAAGAAGAGAUUUUUCUGGGUCACAAUCGCGGCAAGGUGUUGUGAUACAGUCUGAUGUGGGGAAUAGAUCUUAUGUGAGCAAGACACUUGCAUAUUUCUCUGAUAGAAACCUGUCACCUUUAGAGGAAGAGAUUGUAGUCCAUACCUCUCUAGGAGAACAAUUGAUUAGAAACACUUACUGUAGAGAUUGUGGGAUAAGGGGAGUAGAGGUUGUAUUUGCAAGGGAACGUCGAGUAUUACCAUCUUGUGUAAUCUCGGCUAUUAAAACUUUGAAACUAGUACGAAAGGGGUAUCCUGCUCAUUUGGCACAUGUGAUUGAUACCUCAAAGAGGGAACCUAAGUUAGAAGAUGUCCCAAUAGUAAAUAAGUUCCUUGAUGUAUUCCCAAAUGAAUUACCGAGACUACCUCCUGAUCGAGAGCUUGAGUUCUCUAUUGACUUACUCCCGGGUACUGCACCUAUUUUUAUUCCUCCAUAUCGAAUGGCUCCGGUAGAAUUAAAAGAGUUGAAAGUCUAG